UUAGGGCAAGUGGAGUCGGGGGCGAUGGGCGAUGGAUGGUAUGGCGGCACGCCGCCAUGGCCGCAGCAGCAGCCGCCACCCUCGAUGUUGGGUCCCCGGAUGACCCCGGCAUCGAUCGCGCCGGUGCCCAAAUCCUGCGCCAUCGAGCGAAUCCCUCUUCCCCACGCAUUCCAGCGCCCCAGGAAGCGCAUCACGUCUCCGGCGGACCUGGAGAAGCUCCACGCCUCGCCGGCGGGGCGCGAGUUCCUAGGGUUCGUGGUGGCGCUCAGCGAGGCGAUCAUCGGCCACAAGCUCUCGGAUCCGUGCGUGGAAUCCGCCGCGACGGCGGCGCUGGUGGAGAUUUUGGGCACGAUGAGCCGCUGGGUGGACGACAUCCCGCCCGCGACCCAGGCGGCGAGGUAUGGCAAUCCGGCAUACAGGGAGUGGCACGCGCGGCUCGAGCAGGAAGGCCCGGGCUUGAUCGCAUCGCUGAUUCCUCCGGAAUUGCUAGAACAGGGGAGAGGAGGGGGCUCCAGCAGCGGGAUCGCUCCAGUGAUCCAGGAGCUCUUCCCGUAUCUGGAGGAUAGCUUCGGGAACGCGACGAGGAUCGACUAUGGCACCGGGCACGAGGCGAAUUUCGCGGCCUUCCUGCUGUGCCUGGCGAAGAUCGGAGUGUUCUCGCGCGAGGACUACCAGGCGCUCGUCUCGCGCGUGUUCGUGCGCUACCUGGAUCUCAUGAGGAAGCUCCAGACCACGUACUGGAUGGAGCCGGCGGGAUCGCACGGGGUGUGGGGGCUGGACGAUUACCACUUCUUGCCGUUCAUCUUUGGCGCCGCGCAGCUCGUCAAUCACAAGCACAUGAGGCCCAAGUCGAUCCACAACCAGGACAUCCUGGACAACUUCUCGGGCGAGUUCUUGUACCUGGGCUGCGUGAGGUUUGUCAAGCAGGUGAAGAAGGGCCCCCUGGCGGAGCACUCGCCCAUGAUCGAUGAUAUCAGCGGGGUGGCGAGCUGGGCCAAGGUUCACAGUGGGAUGCUCAAGAUGUACAGGGCGGAGGUGCUGGACAAGGUUCCCAUUAUGCAACACUUCCUGUUUGGAUCGCUUAUUGCUUUCGACUAAAAUUAAAAUGUGUUUAAAUCCUUAAAAAGACCAGGAAAAAGAUUAAUAAACAAUAUCUAACCGAA